AUGGAAUUGAGACCGAAAAUUGACCCUGCAAUUUAUGCAUCUGCAAACGUGUCCUGUUUAUCGCAUCUAGCGAAGACAGUGACUGCUAUUAAGGGAAAAUUGGCCCCUAGACAGCUAGCCAUGUUUAGGAAAACCAUAUUCAGUCAUUUGCUGGACGUGGACCUCGUUUUUAACGGGCCAUUGGUACACAAUAUAUUACUUAGGGAGGUUGAGGAUAGUACGACGGACAGUAUUAGUUUCAACCUGUUUGGGAGGAAAGUGUCGUUCGGACGGAGGGAGUUUGACCUUAUUAGUGGCCUUAAGUAUGACGGGAGCCUAGUUAGGAAAGAUACUCAUGUUCAUAGACUUAGGGCUCUGUACUUUAACGAUAGGUCUGACCUUGUCUUGAGUGAUUUAGAAGACCUAUAUGAAGCCGCCCAAUUUCAGGAUGACUUCGAUGCGGUUAAGGUAUCCAUUGUUUACAUGGUCGAAAUGGUCUUGCUAGGGAGGGAGAGAACUGUGAAGUUCGACCAGACGCUGUUAGGAAUAGUGGAUGACUGGGAGGUCUGCUGCAACUACGACUGA